ACAAAUCGGCAGAACACCUGCAUAAGCUCUAUAAGUCGGGCACCGCCUGUCUCGCGAGAUUUGUGGCUCAGCGGUGAAUCAUGGCGGCUGCUAUGGAUGUGGACACCCCGAGCGGGACUAACAGCGGGGCGAGUAAGAAGCGCUUCGAAGUGAAAAAGUGGAAUGCCGUUGCUCUCUGGGCCUGGGACAUAGUAGUGGAUAACUGUGCCAUCUGCAGAAAUCACAUUAUGGAUCUCUGUAUAGAGUGCCAGGCCAACCAGGCUUCAGCUACAUCAGAGGAGUGCACUGUAGCCUGGGGAGUGUGCAAUCAUGCUUUUCAUUUCCACUGUAUUUCCCGUUGGCUGAAGACAAGGCAGGUGUGCCCUCUGGAUAACAGGGAGUGGGAGUUCCAAAAGUAUGGACACUGAACACCAGGAUCAGCUUGAGUUUUCUUUCCUGAUUGGCUGCUUCAGAAAUCACCACAUGUUUAAGCAUCUGUUUAGUCACCGGUGUGUCCUUUCUGCUGAGCAUAAGCCUGUAUGUUCCCCAUACAAUAGUUUUUAGUUGGCUUAGAAAGUCGUUUUGAUUUAACAAGAAUUGAUGUAAAUUAUAAAUAAACGUGUGUCCCACAUUCCUGUUCAA